UGAAGCGGCUUGCGUGCCUUGCGCAUGCGCUAUGCAAGAGCCAUGAGUAAUGAGCUGUGCAGGAGGACAGAGUAUCGCAUCCAUGGAUUCGAAAAGUUUCAGCGCAUCAGGAGAACCAGCCGAAAUCCGACCCGUGCGUGGUUCGACAAGUGUAAUGUGUAUGUUGGUUAUCUAAGGAAUAAUGUGAGCACUGUGAGGAAAGCCAGCAUCCACAACUUUAAAACUUUGCUGGACAAAACUUUUUUUGUGACAGGACUGGCUGAACAGAUCUCGGGGCAAGCAACUCAGCGGCCAGACUCGAGCGCUCUCCUUUCUCUGAAGCCAGUGGAUUGGAGCAAAUUCUAUUGUGAUGCUAAACUGAAGUCGGAAGAGGGAAAAGGCUGACAAACGAUCAAACGUGAAGCUUUCCACGGAAUAGUAGCAUACACAGUAAAACUUUUUCAAAAGGGAUAUAUAAUUUUGCAAUUAGUUUGUAAUUUUAUUUGUUAUAUAGAGCUGUGAUGUCGCUUGUUUUUGUUUUAUCACUUGGUUAUAAAUCAUUUGUAUUUUCAUCGGGACAUGACCCUUUGGUAAUAUUUACACUGGCAAUCCCUCGUUACUGUCUGACUAAGAAUUCAGUAAUGCACGGAAAUGAAUGAUCAAACAGGAGUGGACAUUCUUAUCUUGCCAUGUGUGGUUUCUGAGAAGAAGUUGGAAAGGACAGAAAAUAACCACAUUUCUUUGGUCCUCGAUUCAUCCUCUCAAGUGGGCUUUGGUUGAGUGAGCCGGAGAGGACUGCCGACGGUCCACACCUCUUCUCGCCUCUGUUGCCGACUAUGGAUAACAGUUUUACCGGUUCUAACAGCACCGUGUUCCAGAGGGGAAAGUCACUGUAUGUGCAGGCACGGCUCCAGGGUGGAGCUCCCUGGGGGUUUACGCUCAAAGGUGGCCUUGAACAUGGAGAGGCGCUCAUCAUCUCGAAGGUCGAGGAGGGAGGGAAAGCAGACCAGUUGGAGCAUCCCCUGCAGGCGGGCGACCAGGUGGUCAUCAUCAACGAUGUGGAGCUAAGCGGCUUCAGACAGGAGGCCAUCUCUCUGGUCAAAGGCUCCUACAAGACCCUCUGGCUGACCGUCCGCAGGGAGUGCUGCCCCAACGCGUGCUGCUCAGAAGCCUGUGCCCAGUCCUGCCCGUCCGCCCACAGCACCCCCCGUCACAACAGAGCAUGCUCGGGAGGAGUUAGACUACGCAUUAAAAACAGACGGAGCGAGCCUGCGUCCCGUCCCCACUCGUGGCACUCCACCAAGCUGGGCGACAGCCUGCAGGACCCCAGCAUGAUGCAAGUAUCCCAGGGCGGCAUGGGAGCUCCCUGGCACCAGAACUACCAUUCCAGCUCCUCCACCACUGACCUCGCCUACGAGGCUGGGUUCUUGCGUAAGAGCCCGGACCAGUACAGCUCUCGGGGCAGCAUGGAGAGCCUGGACCCCCCCAACCCAGCCUACAACUCCUGCCACCAGCUCUCGGCCUCCAAGUCGUCCAACAGCAUCGAUCACCUGCACAGCAAGCGCGACUCGGCCUACAGCUCCUUCUCCACCAGCUCCAGCAUCCCGGAGUACCUGGCGGCCGGCCCGUCCCUCGGCAACCGGGAGCGCUCCUGUUCCAUGGAGCACGUUCCGCAGAGCCGAGCCGGGGCCGAGGGCAUGCAGCAGGCGGACAUCCGCUACGUGCGCACCAUCUACGACCCGCAAGGCGUGUCCGAGGAGCACGAAGUCACCUCGGCCUCCCUGGGCCGAGGGAACGACGGGCGGUCACAAGCCCGAGGAGGAGGAGGAGGAGGAGGAGGAAGUCACCGCCCCAGCAGUAGCAGCAGCAGCAGCAGCAGCGGUGGCUCGUCUGCCUCCCACCGCCACAGUGUGGGUCCUGUGUGGGGCAACCACAGCCGCAGCUCCUGCGAGAGCCUGAAGGGGGCGCCAGCGCCUCCGCUGCGCAGCGACAGCUUCGCCGCCAUCCGCAACCACGAGCGGCCCAACUCCUGGUCCAGCCUGGACCAGGCGCGCUCGCUGCGCGCUUUGCACAAGGGCUCCUGGCACCACUCGAGUGGCUCGGUGGCCGGGGCGGGGAAGCCCUCGUUCGUGACGGAGGGCCAGCUCCACACGGUGGUGGAAAAGAGCCCCGAGAGCAGCCCCACCACCCGGCCCAAGCAGGGCUUCCCGCAGGCCUCCUCCCAGCCCGGCCGGCCCAUGUUCCCCACCAGCGUCUACCAAGUGCCCCCACCCGAGCCCCACUUUGCACAGAUGCCCACCAGCUGCCCCAGCUCCAGCACCGUUUACCCGGCUCUGGCCAAGGAGAGCCGCUACGCCCCCCAGAGAGAGCCGGGGGUGGUGGGGAGGAGAGGAGGAGGAGGUUCUCUUGGUGGAGAGGGCACUGCGGGGGAGAACGGAUACCAAAGCAACACUCCACAUGGUUCCUCCAGCCCACCUCAUCCAGGACACUCCCAGCCCAAACCGCCUCCGCAAGCCCCUCCAUCCUCCCAGCAUGCCGAGCGAGGCCUGGAGGAGCUCCAUGCCAAAUACAGGUCCCACCUGCAGCCCAACAGCUACCGACCUCCAGGGCCAUCCAUCGGACAGGAGAGAAGAGACCCUUACACGCCGGUCCAGCCCAGAGGAGAGAGACCCCGCUACACGCACAGCCCAGAGCCCCAAAGCAGCCACAAGCCAAGCGGGGACGAGGAGCAGGUCAGACGUCCAGAGCACAGCUCGCACGCUGAGCCCGUGGCCCCACAGAGCAAAGUGCCACAGGGACAAGUGGCCCACAGCAACAGGGGCGGCCCUAGUGUGCACGCCAGGCACUACAGCGAGUCCAGCAUCCACUCCCAGGAUCAGGAGCACCUGCUGACACGCCUGGAGAACGCCCUGGCCGAGGUGCAGAGGUGCGCCAGCCCCGAGAGCAGCAGCAGCAGCGGUCAGAACCAACAAGUGGACCGCAGCGUGUCCGUGCUGGAGAGGGUGAGUCGCUUCGAGAGGCGCGAGCCGGUCAAAGCACGCAGUCAGAGCAGCAGCCACGCCGGCUCGGCCCCCUCCUACCGCCCAGCUGUGGGCCCCAAGAGCUCCCUCUCUGGCUUGGAGGACCUCCGCAACAUGCAAGACAGGAGCGCCAUCUCUCAUUCGAUUCCCCACAGCUCCUAUUCCAACAGCCAGGUGCACAGCAUGGUGCACCAGGAGGAUCUGCACCAGCGGAGAGGGAGCAGCGAUCACCCCCAGCACCGGUACCUGCCUGAUCCAGCUCUGCAGAGAAGCAAAAGCACCUUCCACUUGGGGGAGGAAAACGGAUCUGGCUUUGAGUGGAGAGACGACUCCCUGGACAUUUUAGGCACCGUCCAGGAUACGCCUUAUAACCGGGCGUACCGGGACAGCAUCAAAGAUGCCCAGUCGAAGGUGCUCCGAUCGACCUCUUUCCGACGGAGGGACUUGAAUCCUCCACCAGUGCCCGCCAAACACAUCCCUGGAGAGGAAGGGCCCCCUAAGACGAGUCCCAAACCAACCGCCAGCUCGCCCCAUACCCCGAAAGAGCGCCACGUGGUGACCCCCGACCUGCCGGACAGGUGCAGUCCUCCGGAACUGCCCAGCCUUCCGCCAGUGGGACAGGUGCUAACGCGCAUCGGGGGGCGCAAACGGCUGACCAUGGAGCAGAAGAAGCGCUCCUACUCAGAGCCGGAGAACAUGCACGAGGUCGGCGUGUCUGACCCCGAGACCCGGAAGCAGUUUCUCGUCCCGGAGACCAGCGUAGCCGACCGGCGCAAGAUGUUCGAAAGGGCCGCCCGCCAGAGCCAGCCGGCCGCCCCGCGUCCAGAGCUGAGGCAGAUGCAGCAGGACGCCGUGGCCGAGUACAUGAAGCGCAAAACUAGCCACAGGUCGGAGGGGCGGCCCAGUCGCCCCCACAGCGCCUACCAGCCGGCCUCGUCCUCGUCCACUGACUCCCGGAGCCUCUCCUCCACCUCCAGUCUGGCCUCACUGCAGGACCCUUGGCUGGACAGCCUGUCCGGUGGCGGCCGCCAGACUUACACUCUUCCGGCCAACCUCCACGGGGUCUUCUACCCCGGCGGCCGGUCGCACAUGGAGCCCCAGCAGGCCUCGUAUGGCCGGACCCAGAGCAAGACCCCUGAGCCUCAGUGGCUCCAGGCGGACGGCGAGAGGCUGGCCUCGGCCCCGAGCCUGGCUCAGCCGUCCGGUCCAGAUGCGCCGCGUCACCUCCCACUGUCCCACCGCGACGGGGGAUUCGAGAGAGCCUCUCCAGCCCGGAGCUCAGGCAAGUCGGCCUCCGCAGAGGACCUGCUGGACCGGCUGGAGAACAGGCCAGCGCCACAACACAUCCGCUCCCGCUCCUCACCCUCAGUGGAGCAGUACAGCCAGGAUUUUAUGGCUGCAGAGCUUCGAUCUUUUGGGGCGAUGUCAAUGGAUUUUGCUCCAUCUAGUCACACUGGCAACAGGUCUCUGGCCAGUGGGAGGCCUGAGCGUCCGGCAUCCGCCUCGGCCGUGAGAAGAGAGCGCUACGUUCUGAACCAGACCGGCUCGCAGGCCGCUGCGCCCGUGGUGCGAAGGGAACGCCAACGGCAUGGUGAGCGGCAGCGGGCCCAGAGCGCAGCGGGCCUGGCCGCCUCCGUGGGACUCCCCAGCCCCUACUCCCCGCCCAGUAACGCUGCCAGCCUGGAGUGGAGCGAGAGGCUGUGCCCAGCCAACCUGGAUGCCAUCAUGUUCCCCUCCGUGCCACACGGUGGCGCUCCACACCCCACAAGGAGGGCCUCAGCAGGAAUGACCAGGCAGAACUCCAGUGACACUAGCACCUCAGAGGAGACCAUCAAGGACUUCCCCAGCGGGGGGCCCGGCCAGCGGACGCAGUUGGCACCAAAGACGCCCCCACCCUCUCCCGAUCUCCCCCCCUCGCCCCCCCAGGUGAAGGUGCCCCACUCCCCCGACGCGCUGCCCCAGUGGCUCCCCUCCCUACGCAUCUCUGAGUCGGCCCUGCGCUUCAGCCCCCCGGCGGCGUCCUCGCACGGAGACGACGACGUGUUCUUCACGGACCUGCCACCUCCUGCGCCCCCGUCACCGCCCCUGCCCAUCCGUGAGACGGACAUCACGGAGGACUUCCCCCCACCACCACCACCACCUCCGCUUUCUCUCUCCCCCCCUGCGGGAGAGGAGGCCCACGUGGGCUACUUGGAGCGCCCGCUGCCUCUUGGAUCACCAAAGCCGCACCUCAGUGCGGAGGACAGUGCAGAGGACUCAGCCGCCGGCGACGGGCUAGCGAGACGGAGCUCCAGCCUCCUCUCGCCGCCCCCCCUGUCUCCAGAGCUCUCUCUCAGCCCCAGCCCGAGUGCUGAGGCCGCCGCGCCCAGCAGCUGUCCUGGAGGAGGACGACGAGAGCCUGGGGCUGGAUCCACGCCUGCUGUCCCGGAGGAGAGGUCGGAGGUGGAGCGGCGCGUGGAGGCUCUGGCCCGGGAGCUGGUGUCUCGGGACAAGUCCCUGACUCCUCUCCUGGACAGCUGGGCUGGGAGAAGCUCCAUGGAUAUGAUGGAGGAGAUAUUCCCUGCCUACGGACGGCGGUCGUCAUGGCAACGAAGGCGGAGCACCGUCAGUCAGGAAGACAGAAGGUCAGAUGAAGCCUGUAACUCCCAGGAGCCCUCGGACAGCAGGAUGGAGACGGACCUGGACGAGGACGAGGCUGACCUCACACAGAAGCAGGGGGAGCUGCUGCAUGCUCUGGCCCUGAGUGUGGCAUUGCUGAGGGGGGAGAAGGAGCAGCUGGCUGGGGAGCAGAAGAGCUGCAGUGCUCUGGGGGGCAGCAUGGAGGUCCUGGUGCAGGAGCGCUGCAAGCCCAACGAGAGGGACAAGUACCGCAUGUUCAUCGGGGACCUGGACAAGAUUGUCAACCUGCUGCUGUCUCUCAGUGGCCGCCUGGCCCGUGUGGAGAGUGCCCUCGCCGCCCUCGAAAGAGAGGCUGAGACAGAGGACAGCAGAGUGGAGAGGGAGUCUUUGCAGCAGAAGCGGCGUCAGCUGUGCAGUCAGCAGGAGGACGCGUGUGAGCUCAAGGAGAACCUUGACCGGCGCGAGCGCGUGGUCCUGGACUUCCUGGCCGGCUACCUGACCGCGGCGCAGCUGCGUGACCACCGGCGCUAUGUGCGCCUCAAGCCCGCGCUGCUCAUCCGCCAGCGCCACCUGGACGAGCUCAUCCGCCUGGCCGAGGAGCAGCUGCAGCGGCUGGCCGAGAGCCUCCCCGCCGCCUCCGGCCCAGCUCCGGCCGCCUCCGGCCCAGCUCCGGCCCUCGUCCCCACCUCCCCUCGCUCUACCGCCGUCACCUCACUCUGAGUCCAGCCACUAUGACCACUGUGACCAACGCUGCUGCACAUUCAGCUGCUACUGAUGAGGAGGAGGAGCAGGAGGAGGAGGAGGAGAAAUGGAUGAAGAAUGAGACUGGGAUGUUCGAAGAAAUAGGCACAUACAUACACACACACACACACACACACACACACACACGCACACACACACAUACACAAAACACACACGCA